AAACCAUACUACAACAAAGUGGUUCUACAUCAUUCAAUGAAAUUUUAACAUUUAACAAUGAUGAAGCAGUUAGGACGGAAGAAGUUAUAACCAGGAAUCAAAAUCAUAAGAUAUGGAAUUUAAGAUUUGAUCGUGUCCUUAAUGACGAUAUAAGCCGUGAUACU